AGAUUUGUUUCUCGUAGCAGCGACGCGAUGAUACGAUCACGUCAUAUGAACAAUGAUGAUGAUCAUGCGUUAUCGGUUUCGGCAUAUUCGUAGUGGGCAAUUCUUCUUUUAUCUGAAUGCAACUGUGCGCAUGUGCGUGAAAAGUUUCUGAUUAAAUUCGUUUUUUUUUCUUUCUUUCUUCAACGAACAAAAAAGAAAACAACACAGAAAUAAUCCAUUGAAGGAGAGCAACCAUUUUAAUAUGUAAUUUUUUGUUUGUUUACAGUGAAUAGAUAAAAAGACAAAACACUUCUCAGAAUGAACUAAAGUGAUUGCUGAUUUAAAAAAAAUAUAUAUGUAUGUAAAAGGCGCGAAACGGAGAAGAAGCAAAAGAAACGAAACGAAAAUAAAAAAAAAUAAACAAAACCCCUGCAAUCGAAAGUGAAUCGUAAAAAUACCGUUGAACCAACAAGUGAAUGAAAUCUUCGACAAACCAAUCGCUAUUAAAAAAUCUCGAGCACUGAGCGCACGAACGAGUGAAUGUGUAUGUGUUUUGUUUUAUAAAAGCCUCCGAACGCACCCGCCCGCUCGCCCGAAGCCAAUCAAUUGAAAUUGAGCUAAAAAUACAAUGUGCUCAUAGUUACUUCAAACACCAAAACAAAAGUUGUAAUUCUAAUUGAUUUCUAAUCGUGAACCACGAAAUAAGAGCACACAAAAUUGGGAGCAAAGAGAAUGCAGGCUGUCAAGUUAGAAAUGGCUCGUGAUUCAGCGGUUGGAAGAGAGCGUAUUCUGGUUGUACCGAGCAGCCUGGCGCUUGACAACUCAACAACCAAUCAACAUGCCACCAGUGCACAAAACGAUCUCAAUCAACAAAUUCUUGAGCUGAAAAAGGAGCAGGAAUUGCAGAAGCAAAUGCUUUGGCAUACAUUUCAGGAGAAAAACAAACAGUUGGAACUUCAGCAUAAAUGGCAACUCGAACAUAAGUUUCAGUCUGCGGCGUAUUCAAAUGGCGUAUUGCAGGAAUUGCAUGAGCAACGUAUAGCCGCUCUUGAGGAGCAACAACAACGCGAACAACGUGAACAACGAGAACAGCGUGAACAACGCGAACGACGCGAACGUGAGGCAAUCGUUCGUCGGAAAGAGAAUUCAUCCAGUGCCAAUGCUAGUCCAGAAGUUAAGCAAAAAUUGCAAUCAUUUAUCAUCAGCAAGAAGCAAAAUGCUUCAUCAAAUGGUCUUGCUUCUGCCGCGUCGCCAUAUCGAAAUUGGGGUGUUGUCAAAAGUUCAUCGGGCGAAUCGUUACCAGCUGGUGUUCUGCCAAGCUCCCACCCAUAUAAAAUACCUCAACAGCCGCCACCAACUAUAUCGAAAUACGAUCCCGAUUUUCCACUGCGCAAAACAGCAUCCGAGCCCAAUUUAUUGAAGAUACGUUUGAAACAAAGUGUUAUUGAGAGAAAAGCUCGCGCCGGAUCAUUGGCCGCACGACGACAAGAACGUUUGCUAAUUGCUGCUCAACGUCGACUAAAGCAACAUCAAAGCUCUCUAAUUGGACCAAAUUGUUCAUCAACAGAUUCAGGUCCGAAUUCGCCGCCAACAUUGACCGGAAGCCGUGGCUCACCCACCAGUGCGACGAUUCAAGAGGAAAAUGAGGAUCCAAACUAUCAUGCUGGCCGAGAUAGUAUUAACGAUUUGUCGUUGUAUACAUCACCAAGUAUGCCUAAUAUCAGUCUGGGACGGCCGCAUCUACCAAACGCACACAGUCACGCUUAUGGAAUUCAUUCAAUUCUACGAACACCGUCGCAAACAAUGCUAGCCCCACCGGGAGCACCGUAUUUUAUUCCGACCAUGGAACAUGGUGAUGUACCGCCAGCCCACAGUGGAAUUCACUUGGCCCAAAUGGCGGGUUUGCAUCCGAUUCCAAUGUACAGCCAACCAAUCACCGAUGCUCAAGUUGCACUCGCUCGCUUGCAUAAGCAAGGCCAUCGGCCAUUGGGUCGAACUCAAUCAGCUCCACUUCCACUUGGCCAUCCGAUGCUAACGGGUGCUGCUGCCCUGAACAUUGCUCAAACACACUAUGAAAACAGUGAGGCUGAACGACAGGCAUACGAACAACAACACUUGCAAUUGACACAAAAGAUCCGGCAAACGGUGUUAACGCGAAGCGGACGCGCCGAAUCGUUCAAAGAAGAAGAAGAUGCUGUCAUCGAUUUAACCGAUAAAAAGCAACCACCGAAACCUAUACCAACAAGCACCGUGAUUUCGUCUACUCUCAAUCCACCGCCGGCCAUAUCGCCCGAAGAACGAUUACGUGAUCAGGAAUAUUUGCAGCAACAACGUGAGAUACUCAUCCGUCAAUCGAUGCAGUUGUCUGUUGACGAUCCAUUCUUGAUGCGGAAUCUCAGUCGACCUUUAUCUCGAACGUUAUCGAGUCCUUUGGUACCGCUUGGACAACCAAAUCUUUGCGGCAUUCGUGAUACCGGCCAAUCGUUAUCGCUCGACAAUCCAAUCAAUUUGACACAUCGACGCCACAUUACGGAGAACGAACACAAAAUCACAACCGGUCUUGCAUUUGACAACACAAUGCUGAAGCAUUCGUGCAUUUGUGGAAAUAAUUCAUCGCAUCCCGAGCACAGUGGUCGGCUGCAAAGUGUAUGGGCUCGGCUGGGUGAAACUGGAUUGGCGAAUCGAUGCGAUCGUUUGCGAUCACGCAAAGCCACACUCGAUGAAAUUCAAACGGUGCACACGGAAAACCAUGCCAUGCUAUUCGGUUCGAAUCAAUUGAAUCGCCAAAAAAUGGAAUCAUCACGAACGAGUUUUGUGCGGCUCGCAUGCGGUGGUGUUGGUGUCGAUUUGGACACCACAUGGAAUGAGAACUAUACCAGUGCGGCUGCAAAAAUGGCAGCUGGAUGUGUUAUCGAUUUGGCAUUUAAAACAGCGAAACGUGACAUUGAAAAUGGUUUUGCCGUCGUUCGCCCACCAGGUCAUCAUGCUGAGCCAGAUUUAGCCAUGGGAUUCUGUUUCUUCAACUCUGUUGCAAUUGCUGCGAAAUUGUUGCGUCAGCGUUUGCCAAAUGAAAUUGGAAAAGUUCUGAUCGUCGAUUGGGAUGUACAUCAUGGUAAUGGUACGCAGCAAGUAUUCUACGAGGACAAUAGCGUUUUGUAUUUAUCAAUACAUCGACACGAUGAUGGAAACUUCUUUCCGGGCACUGGUGGUCCAACUGAAUGCGGUGCUGGAAUCGGUGUUGGAUUCAAUGUUAAUGUCGCAUGGUCGGGUGGGUUGAAUCCAGCGUUGGGCGAUGCCGAAUACUUGGCCGCGUUUAGAACGGUUGUAAUGCCAAUUGCUCGUGAAUUUGCACCCGAUAUCAUUCUCGUUUCGGCCGGGUUUGAUGCUGCCAUCGGUCAUCCACCACCAUUGGGCGGUUAUGUGGUGUCACCAGCUUGUUUCGGUCAUUUAGCACGUGAAUUGAUGCAAUUGGCUGAUGGUAAAAUCGUUCUGGCCCUUGAAGGUGGUUAUGAUUUGACCGCAAUUUGUGAUUCAGCCCAAGAGUGCGUGAAGGCUUUACUUGGCGACGAACCAUCACCCAUACCUGAAGUUGAGCUAUCGCGUGCACCGUGUCAAAAUGCAAUCGACACACUGCAGAAAACUAUUGCUAUUCAGAUGUCACAUUGGCCAUGCGUAAAACGUUUGGCCCACACCGUUGGAAUGUCAGCUAUUCAAGCACUGAAAUGUGAACGAGAGGAAUCAGAAACGUUAACCGCAAUGGCUGGUCUCUCAAUGCAGCCACCAGCGAAUCGUGGUUCGCUUUCGCGUGAAGAAUCUGAUGAACCGAUGGAACAAGACGACGCAAAAUGAAUGAAAAAAAAGCAUCGACGAAAAAUUGAUAAUUGCGCAAAUUGCGAUAACAAACGAAAAUUGAAAGAAUGAAAAAAAAAAACAAAAAUUCUCAUACCUGCUGGACAUGUUUUGAUUUGGAAAUGUGUAAAUGAUGUUGAGUUUAUAUUAGAGAUCGAGGAAUUAAUGCAUACAACUAUUUUGAAUAUAGAAUAAUUGUGAUUUUAAAUGUAUGUUCUUAACAAUUAACGUGAUUAAGUUUUAAAUAAGAGAGACAGGCGGUGCAAGAGGCACACAGCUGAAGAGAAUUAGAUGAAAUGAGAAUGUGUGUGAGUAGGGGAGGGGGGGGGGGGUAGCAAAGAAUGAAGCGUGUGACAUUUUGAAAUGUAUGUGCUAUGCACAUAAUUUAUGGUCGCCGGAGUUAGGAACAGCAAAAAAACGAUAAUUUCUACAUAAAUGCAGGGACACAAAAGACGCAAGACUAAGUUUGCCUAAUAAAAGACGAAGCAAUCCGCACUUUAUCAUCUCGAUAACGUAGUGUAUGAUUUGAACUGGCAUUCCGACCCAAAUGAAAUCCAUUCGAUUGAAAACAAAGAGAAAGAAGAGAAAAAACAACAACGGAAAACGAGCAAAUUAUUUAAAAAAUGAACUGGUUUCAUUUGGCAGGUGAAGCCAUUGUGUGGUGUGGUUUAUCGGGCAAAUAGUUUCUUGUGUUUUUUCUAUUUAUAUUUUAUUAAAAUGACAAACCGAAUUAAAGUGAAAACCGCACUCACACACACACACACACACACACACACGAUUCAACCAAUUGUAUAUAAUAUAUAUUUAUUGUGCAAAAAAAAGAGAGUAUAAAACACUAAUGUUUAUGUAUAAAAUACAAUUAUCCGCUUGAGAAACAA